AUGGCUGUGAAUGGGGACGCUGAGUCGCGGGCAAUCCACCGCGACGAGCUGCGGCCGAAGCUCAUAACGAGCUCCACCAAGCGCCGCGUCAACGAGCUCUCGGGGCUGCAGACCAAGGUCGCAGACGACUCCCUCGUCACUGCCGACCUCCAAGCGCUCCUCGAACUCCUCUUCGAAACAUAUCCGCUAUACGACGACCGCGAAUCACGCCGCGCGGUCGAGGGCGUCCUCAAGUCGCUGGUGAACGGACCCCAUGGCGACAAAGUGCUGCCCCCGGUGGUCAAGUUCUUGACGCAGGAAUGCUCCAAGAAGGCCAUUGCGCACGCCAAUGCCUUUGUGCUCAACGACUGGUGUUCGGUGCUGCUGCUGCAGUUUGCAAAGUCGCCUGAACAGUGGGCCAAGCUCGGCCUGGAUGUGGCGCUGGCAAAUGCGCGCGUACUCGAGACGUGCGUGAGCGCUGGGGGCGACCGGCGAGCUGGCCGCCUCUCCAUAGCGGCUCUCGUUUCGACGCGCCGGGCCCUGCGCGCCAUCUUCCGCUCCGAGGCAAUUGGCAACGACGCCCUCGACAAACUCGUCACGAACCUCACUGCAAAGGGCAGCGCGCCCACAGCUGGAAAUGCUGUCUUCCUCGGCGUCAUCGCUGGCGUCUCAUCCCGUCUACCGACCGUCAAGCCGCUCCUCGAAGGCCGCAAACAAGACUACUACACCUACUACACACGAGAGAUUGUCGGAUCAAGGAGCCAGCUGCCGGACCACAUCUCCAAUGCGUUACACGAUUUCUUCGACAGCUUCCCUACUCUGGAGGAGCUGCGAAAGGAUGUCAUACCACCCAUUGAAAAGGCCUUGCUGAGAGCACCUGAAGUAGUACUGAACGACAUUGUCUCACCCAUGUUCCUGGCCCUCCCCGAAUCUAUGGAUCUCUCCGAUAUUUUGCUAGGAAACAUGCUGAAGCCGCUGCUUUCCAAUGUCAAAUCGAGCAAUGCUGCCAUUCGCGCAGGCGCUUUGCGAACAUUCAAAGCGUUGGCUUCGAGAUCAAAAGAUGAUGCCAAGAUUGACAAGGUCGCAGACGAAGUGCUUACUCCUUUGAAGCAAGGCAAAGUUUCCGGUGCUGACCAGAAGGUCCUUCAUGCUCAGAUGCUCUCAGCGCUACCAGCGUCAAUAGCCCUAGCAAAGAAGAUCCCAGCAGGUAUCGCUCCGGUAGCCUUGAAGGAGCCGAGUGAGCCAGCUGUCGUAGCUGAAGUGUCCGCAAUUACAACCCACCUGAACUUUGGUCUAGCGAACGGAGGUGCUCUUGACAAGGCCGUCUCAGAUGCCUUCAUUAAGGGCAUGGCCGAUAAACGCGUACCCGUCAAGAAGCUUUGGGCAAUCCGCGCAGCAGACCUUUGGUGGAAUCUGUCCGAUGAACAGCAAGCUCAACCCGACGUACUUGCGUUCUGCCAAACAACUCUGCCGAAGCUCGUUGAGAUCUGGCAGGAAGUUAAUGCAAACCCGCUGCCUGCGACCCAGAGUGGCUUGAUCACGGUAGGACACUACACUGUCGCGCUCCUCAUCGAUAGAGUACAGAACAUGAAGGACGAGAAGUUGGGAUCCAUCUAUAAGAAAUCUGAUGUCAUCUCGCAGUCGCUCGCCACCCAACCAAAGCCUUCCAUCCUUCUCAAUCCCAAAGUGUAUUCGAAAUUGUCUUCAGAAGAGGACGUUUCCCUUGCACUACGCGCCUUGAAGGCCAUUGCGCCAGACGUUACACAAGCUUCCAAAGAAGUCGCAGAUGCAUGGGCACAGGCGUUCAUCUUCCUCAUCGUCGCUCCCAGCGUCUCCGCCAAGGCGAAGGCGGCUGCUAAGCAGGCUUUGACACAAGCAUAUCUUCAAACCUCGCCCGAGAAGAUCAGCAACAUCACAAUAGAAGGAUUGUGGUCGUGGUAUAGGUCGAGUGAACAGGAAGAUAAGGAGAGCGCUGCGUUCGCAUCCAAGGCAGGUUCAGCUGAGCUUGGCGCUGUAUUGAGCUGCAUAUGUCUGCCUGCAGAGACAGUGAAGAAAGAGAACGCAAGUGUGGACAUUGUGGCUCUACAACAACAGGCCAUGCGUCUCGUUGUAUUGGCACGAAAAGAGAUUAUGCCAAGAGUGUCUUGGAUUGAUCUGUGCCUUCGCAUGGGUGUAGAUCCCGGACAGGUCGUCCGGGAUAACUUGCAAGACUUUGUGAGCACUAUUAACGAAGCAACAGAGAACAAAGACAAUGAGAAACUACCCGCCAUCGAUGCAGCAGCCUACAGCGCUUACACCGACAUGGCUUUCGUAGCGCCAGAGGCCGCUCUGCCGGCAGUGGUCAAGCAGUUCAGUCAAGACCUCGAUCCAAAGCAGAUGGAAUCUGUAGGACCGACCGAAGCAGCCAUCUUCCGUACACCAGAGGGCACAGCGUAUAUCGACGUCCUUUCGAAGAAAGCACCUGUGGUAAUCGACAAGAACACGAAAGACUACGAUACCCUGAAGUGGGAAGAAGAGCUACGAGCACAGCUUGCACAAAAGAAGGGCCAAGCCAAGAAGCUGAGCGCAGACGACCAAGCCAAGGUCAACGCCCAGCUGGCUAAAGAGUCCGCUAUCAGGAAAGAAGUGACUGGCACAGAGCACAGAAUGAGGCGAGGUGUGGGCAUCAUCCGGAGUCUCGCUACCGGACCUCCGACAGAGGCGGAGCAAUGGAUGGGACCUGCCGUGGAUCUCUUGAUCCAAGCCAUUCGUGCUGGUGCUGGUCUUCUGCUGGGAGACGUUCCAGCGACUGCUUUGAUCUCGUGCUCCGAGCGGGUAUCCAACCGUCUGGGCAUGAUGCGACCAUUCAUUGGCGUAGCAGUACUGCGAACAAUCGGUUCUAUACAGCUUGCUAGCGAGUAUGAAGACGAGGAUCUUGGCGAAAAGGGUGGUAUUGGCAAGUCUGCGCCCGAAGAAGCUGACGAGCAGCUGAUCCUGGCUAUCGAAGUGCUGACUUUCCACACCAACUCCUGUACUGACCCUCGUCUCCCCCGCAAAGCCUUACUGGAGAUUCUGGUAUGGUCCAUGCAGAAAUACCAGCAGCAUUACAAGAUAAUCAAGGACUGCGUGACCAAUCUCGCUAGCGGACUGGCCCCCAAUAUCACUAACGAUGAGCUGGGCGCCUUGCUGCGUGGUACCAUCGUGCCGGAAACUGGUGUCCGAACCGCGGUUUUGCAAGCCAUUGACGCUGAACUCGACAUGAACGACCUCACCUUCAGUGAAGAGAUCUUCAUCGCUUGUCACGAUGAUGAGUCUGAGAAUGCUGAGCUGGCCCGAACAAUUUGGGACGAAAACGACCUAGAGCUUAAAGCAGAUGCUGGCGUACAGAUGUUGCCUUACCUGGACUCUCUCGACAAGCCACUCAGAAGGGCAACCGCACGAGCUAUUGGCGAAGUCAUUACCAAAUUCCCGGACACGUUUGGCGAUAUUCUACGGAGAUUGCGCGAGACCUACGCCGAAAAAGCCAAGCCACGCGUCCCGGAGCGUGAUGAGUACGGCAUGCCACGAAAGGUCGAUCUUCGCGACCCUUGGGAGAGUAGAGACGGUAUUGCGCUUGCCUUCAAGGAGAUGACACCAGGUUUCAAGCCCGAUGACCUUGUAGACUUCUUAAACUUCCUGAUCUACGAGGGCCCCUUGGGAGACCGAAGUCCCGCGGUCAGAGAUGAGUUGAUCGAAGCUGCGACUUCAGUCAUCACCGUCAAAGCGCAAACCAAGGUCGAGCCUCUCAUGGAACUAUUCGAGAACGCUCUUGAAGCCCCUGAUCGAAAGUCGGAGAUGUACGAUCAAGUCAACGAAGCAGUCAUCAUUCUUUAUGGUGCACUGGGUCGUCAUCUUGCGGCUGGCGAUGAGCGCGUUCCAAAGGUCGUACAGAGACUUUUGGCAACUCUCAGUACGCCUUCCGAGACAGUGCAAUACGCCGUUGCCCAAUGUCUGCCACCGCUGGUCCGUACUUCCGAGCAAGAGGUGUCGAAUUACAUCAAUCAGAUGAUGGAUCAACUACUCACUUCAAAGAAGUAUGCUUCGCGUCGCGGUGCUGCCUAUGGUCUGGCGGGUGUCGUACGCGGUAAGGGUCUGGGUCUGCUCAAAGAACAUCGGAUCAUGUCCACCCUCAAAGGAGCUAGCGAGAACAAGAAAGACAUAAACCAAAGGCAGGGAGUAUACCUGGCAUACGAGCUCUUCUCGCUGAUCCUCGGUCGCUUGUUCGAACCAUAUGUCAUCCAGCUAGUGCCUCAAUUGCUUGCUGGAUUCGGCGAUACCAGUGCAGACGUCCGAGAAGCCUGUCUCGAUGCUGCCAAGACUUGCUUCUCCACGCUCAGUUCCUUUGGUGUCAAACAGGUUCUACCAAUCCUCUUGGAAGGUCUUGAUGAGGAUCAGUGGCGUAGUAAGAAGGGUGCUUGUGACUCUUUGGGAGCCAUGGCAUAUCUCGAUCCUAACCAGCUGGCUCUUAGCUUGCCCGAUAUCAUUCCACCCCUCACCGUUGUGUUGACAGACAGCCACAAAGAAGUCCGAUCUUCAGCAAACCGAAGUUUGCAGCGCUUCGGUGAAGUCAUCAGCAAUCCUGAGAUCAAGAGCGUCGUCAACAUCAUCUUGAAGGCUCUCAGCGACCCGACAAAGUACACAGACGAUGCCCUCGAUGCUCUGAUCAAGAUCCAGUUCGCACAUUUCCUCGAUGCGCCUUCUCUCGCUCUCGUUGUGCGAAUUCUGGAGCGUGGUUUGGGCGAUCGCUCUGGAACCAAGCGGAAGUCCUCACAAAUCAUCGGCAGCUUGGCAUACCUCUCAGAAAGGAAGGACCUCACCUCCCAUCUGCCAAUCUUGGUCGCUGGACUACGGGUUGCGAUCGUGGACCCUGUACCGGCUACACGUGCUACCGCCUCAAAAGCGCUCGGUUCGCUCGUCGAAAAGCUUGGAGAGGAUGCGCUGCCAGAUCUUAUUCCAAGUCUCAUGUCUACGCUCAAGUCCGACACGGGUGCAGGAGAUCGACUUGGUUCUGCCCAAGCUCUGUCAGAAGUUCUUGCAGGUCUUGGAACAGGACGCCUGGAAGAGACACUGCCAAGCAUCCUGCAAAACGUGGCCAGCAGCAGAGCUUCUGUGCGCGAAGGUUUCAUGUCUCUGUUCAUCUUCUUGCCAGUUUGCUUCGGAAACAGUUUCGCCAACUACCUCAGCAAGAUCAUUCCUCCCAUUCUCGGCGGUCUUGCGGACGAAGUGGAAUCGAUCCGAGAAACUGCCCUGCGAGCUGGUCGUCUCUUGGUCAAGAACUUUGCCACCAAGGCAAUCGACCUGCUACUACCAGAGCUUGAGAGGGGUCUCGCAGACGACAGCUACAGGAUUCGUCUCAGUUCCGUGGAGCUUGUGGGAGAUUUACUGUUCAACCUCACAGGUAUCAGCGGCAAGGUGGAAGAGGAAGAGGUCGAAGAGGGCGCGAAAGAGGCUGGUCAAUCGCUACUCGAAGUCCUCGGAGAAGAAAAGCGCAACAAGGUCCUGUCUGCUCUAUACAUUUGCAGAUUCGACACGUCUGGCCUUGUACGAACAGCCUCCAUCAACGUAUGGAAGGCAUUGGUGGCCAGUCCUCGUACUCUGCGCGAGCUUAUUCCUACGCUUACUCAACUUCUCAUCCGCCGUCUGGCAAGCUCAAACAUGGAGCAGAAGGUCAUCGCCGGAAACGCGCUGGGAGAGCUCAUUCGCAAAGCUGGAGACGGUGUACUUGCUACGUUGUUGCCCACCCUCGAGGAAGGUCUACAUACCACCGAUACAGACGCCAAGCAGGGUAUCUGCAUCGCCCUUCGCGAAAUCAUCGCAGCUGCUUCGCCAGAGCAACUUGAGGACUACGAGAAGACUCUUAUCCAAGUUGUACGGACUGCUCUGGUGGAUCCCAACGCGGAUGUGCGAGAAGCAGCGGCGGAAGCCUUCGACGCUCUACAACAAAUCUUUGGCAAGAGGGCUGUCGACCAGGUCCUACCUUACCUGCUCAAUCUUCUGCGUUCGGACGACGAUGCGCAAAACGCCCUAUCAGCGCUUCUCACCCUCCUCACAGAUCAACAACGAUCAAACAUCAUUCUACCAAAUCUCCUACCAACACUUCUCACUUCGCCUAUGACUGCCUUCAAUGCCCGCGCUAUUGCAUCGUUGGCUGAGGUGGCAAGCUCCGCUAUGACCCGACGACUGCCCAACAUCCUCAACACCAUCAUGGACAAUGUCAUCGCUUCCAAGGACGAAGAGCUCCGGUCAGAACUCGAGACGUCGUUUGACAAGGUACUCCUAUCCGUGGAUGAGUUCGAUGGUCUUAAUACGGCCAUGAGCGUCAUGCUUGCCUUGUCGAAACAUGACGAUGAGCGGAGACGCGCACGUGCCGAUAUUCACCUGGCUAAAUUCUUCGCAGAGGCAGACGUUGAUUUCUCAAGAUACUACCCUGACCUCAUACGGGCACUUCUCAUCUCCUUUGGCGACAGUGAUACGGAAGUUGUCAAGGCUGCAUGGACUGCCCUCAGCACCCUUACAAGCAAACGUCUGCGAAAGGAAGAAAUGGAAUCACUAGUCAUCUCUACUCGUCAGACACUCAACCAAGUCGGUGUUGCUGGUGCAGACCUCCCUGGAUUCUCACUCCCCAAGGGUAUCAACGCCAUCCUGCCUAUUUUCCUGCAGGGUCUCAUGAACGGAUCAGUGGACCAGAGAACUCAAGCUGCGCUGGCCAUCUCCGACGUCAUCGACCGCACCAGCGCGAAGUCACUCCAGCCGUUUGUUACUCAGAUUACAGGACCCCUCAUUCGUGUGGUCACAGAGCGCUCUGUCGAGGUGAAGGCAGCUAUUCUGCUCACACUCAACAACCUGCUAGAGAAGAUCCCGACCUUCCUCAAGCCCUUCUUGCCCCAACUCCAGCGCACAUUCGCCAAGUCGCUUGCCGAUACAUCGUCGGAUGUGUUGCGAGCGCGAGCAGCCAAGGCUCUUGGUACAUUGAUCAAGCUUACACCAAGGGUGGACCCACUCAUCGCUGAGUUGGUGACGGGAUCCAAGACGAGCGACGAAAACGUCAAGACGGCUAUGCUGAAGGCCUUGUUUGAGGUGGUAAGCAAGGCAGGCAAGAACAUGAGCGAAGCAAGCAGGAACGCCAUCCUAGGUCUCAUCGACAACGAGAGCGAUGAUUCUAAUGAUGCAAUGGCGAUUACAAACGCACGACUUCUGGGUGCCCUCAUCAGCUGCCUUCCAGAAGAUGUCGCGUCCAGUCUUCUCAAGGCUCGCGUGCUUACGACACACUACAACAAAUCUUCUGUACUGGCGCUCAAUGCCAUUCUGCUAGAUGCUCCCGAGGCUCUGACAGAAUCGUUUGCAGACGAGACUGUGAAUGUCAUCUGCCAGGGUGUUGGACAUUCGCAACCGUUCAUCUCGGAUAACUCGAUCCUCGCCGCUGGCAAAUACCUUCUAUCAGAGAAGAGCAGCAAGAGCUUUGACCACACCAAGCCAAUCUUCGAGGCCCUUGCCCCAGUAGUCGAACCCGGUCAUCCCGUCGAUACGAGGCGUUUAGCGCUUGUGGUGCUUCGCACAGUUGCGCGAGAGCACAACGAGCUGAUCCGUCCGCACAUCCCGCUCCUCAUACCGGUGGUCUUCGCGUCGGUGCGCGACCCGGUGAUCCCAGUCAAGCUGUCGGCUGAAGCGGCGUUCCUUGCCAUCUUCUCGGUGGUGGACGAAGAGACGGCCGUAUUCGACAAGUACAUGGCUGGACCUGGCAAGAGCCUGUCUGCUGGUCAACAGCGCAGCAUGGGCGACUACUUCAAGAGGGUUGCCAUGAGGCUAGCUGGGCAAGCCAGGGAGAGGAAGGAGGCCGAAGGUGGAGCAGGCGGUCUCGGCUUGUCGAGCGACGAGAUGGAAGAUGAGCGAGAGAUUUGGAGCGUAGGGAAAGUGGAGUUGGGAGAUGUGUUUGGUGAAAACUAG